AUGGGCGAUACGGUAGUUGAGGAAAUUCGACAAGCUGGCAGAGUUGCGGUCCCAGAUUAUCACAUCCUCACCCAAGGCGGCAAAAUAAUCGAAACUGCUGUAGAUGUCUUUGGGACUGUUCAUAUCCUUGUCAACAACGCGGCAUUCUUCCAGAUGUACGGCCGCAUUGUUUGUACAUCAUCGGGAGCGGGAAUCUACGGCUCGUUUGGGCAGUCCAACUACUCUGGAAUUAUCGAGUUUGUGAACGCUAUUGCUAAGGAAGAAGCGAGAUACAACAUCAAAGCGAAUACUUUGACUCCUGCUGCAGCGAGCAGGUUAACCAUGACCGUCAUGGCCCCGGAGCUUCUCACAAGACUAAGUCCUGAAUGGGUGGCGCCGGUAGUCGCAGCUCUAACCCACGAAAGCUCGCACAAAACUGGUGCUGUCUUCGACGUUGGUGCUGGUUGCGUGAUGAAAUUUCAAUGGGAGUGGGCGGCUGGCCUUGAUAUCGAGAGAGAUCAGCCGCCCGCGUAUAUCCUGCACAACUUUGACAGAGUUACAGACUUCUCCGACCCUAGGAUAUGGGGAAUGGAUCUCUUGAAGGGGAAGGUUGCCAUCGUCGCCGCGGCGGUUGGCGGAUUGGGCAGCGAAUACACGUUAACUCUGGCCACAUUGGAUGCCUCGGUGGUUGUGAAUGAUGUCUGCGCGGUAGCUGCUGAUGCGGUUGUUGAAAAGAUCAAAACAGUGGGAGGUGCGGCUGUUUCAUGCACUUACACGGUUGAGAAUGCAAGACAAACCGUCCAGAAGGCCAUCGAAGGGUUUGGGGGUGUCCACAUUCUGGUGGUCGUGUCUGGGAAUGUUUUGGAGCGGCCGCUGGACGAAAUAGCCAACAAUGAGUGGAGUCAGGCGUACGACUCGCAAGCGAAAAGUGCCUAUCCAAUUACAAAAGCUCUGUGGCCGAUCUUUCUGAAGCAAAGUAUGGUCGAGUUGUGGUGUCUUCUUCAGAAUUGGGGCUAUCAGGUCGGGCUGGAUUUACUAGUUUCUGCGCUGGAGCAUCGGUUACUAUUGGGUUUACGCGAACUUUCUUCAGAGAAGGUUAAAAGUACGGGAUCCGUAUCAACGCCAUCGCACCGGUGUCAGCAGAUUCAUCAUCACGACUCCAAGCAGAAAGAAGGUGUCUCGCCCAAGAUCUAG